CAUUCUAGCCUCGAGUUACCACCAGAAGUAGCAGGCGCAGACCUAUACAUUGCGCCGGACGGCAGCUUCGUGGAAGUCUCCUCCGGCGAAGCUGCACGGGUGUUGAAGAAGCGCUAUGAUCAGUACAUGGGCGUCGGUAAAGAUGUACGCUCGCCGUACGCCAUAACUGCGUUUAUCAAUCAGCAUGGCCGACAGAUGUACCGGGUUGGACUGCGAGGGCUGUCUGCACCUGCUGCUUCUGCGGAGGCUGCAGAGGACCUUUCAAGUAAGCGAUAUACGGGCAUGCAUGACCCGCGCCAGUCAAUGCAACAAACGAAGCGGCGGUCGCGCAUGAGUGUCCAUUCUUUUUUACCAUCGGCCGUGUUCAAGAAUGGGGCCGCUCCUCCACACCCUCCCUUACCUCACCCGGAUGGAACGCGAUCACCGCCUCUCAGGAAGCUCAGGAAAACUCGUUCCAUUCCUAAUCAGCUCGGGUCGGGCUCGGAGAGAACAUGCCAACAAGUCCCGCCGACGUCGAGCACUGGGAGGCCACACGCUCAUAGUGUCUCCAGUGCAGAUGCAUUCCGCGAGCCUCCCUCGGAUGUCAAGGCGAAGGCUGUCCAGAGGGACAUGUUCGCAGAUGUCAUGAUGUGGUCGACCUCACCUGUCUCCCCACACGUGUCAAGCGGCCCGUCCUCGUCCAAGCAGAGCCUGCAACACUCUAAUGAUCCGCAUGGCACGCACUCCGCAGAUUACAUUGUUAAUCCUUUCGGUCCCGGCGUGUCGUUCGAAUCACCAUCUUGGCGCUCAGGAUUCCACGCUACUUCCUCGCGUGCACUGCGAGAAAUGCAGUCUUUCGAGUCAGGGCUGACGGCACGAGCAGAUCAGGGGAAGGAGCCCCGUGACGUCGGCACUAACGGUGACACCCUUGAGUCCGACCUGGAAAGACUGCCGUCGAUCCCUCUCGAGGAGGAGCAUCAACAUACCGUACUCACACCACGUCGUGAGACCAUGAUGCAUUCGCCUUAUUCCACUGAGGUCUUCGAUGUCUUGCAGACAUCACGGGGCUUACCUUCCCUGGAUAGGAUUUCGCCGAUUGCUCGUGAGACUACGAUCAAACUCUCACUUCGGGCAGAGGAAAGUGUUGCACCUCGCGACGACCCUCGGUUUGUCAUCUGGGGCUACGUUGAAUCGGACGACCAAGAGAAUGUUGCAAGAGCAAGCAUUGCUGAUGUCUCAUCAUGCAGCUCUGGCGUGUCGCGGCGAAAGAGCUUGCGGCAUAAGCGAACUACGAGCCCUCCGGAGAUAGUCGCAGACGCGGACUCGGUGAAGGAGGGCCCCACGAAGUUGCUCGUUGCAGCCACCAUCGAAAGAUGGAUCGCCCAGCUGUCGAGCGAGUUCAAUUACGACGAGCUGAUCGUCUUCUUCUUGACGUAUCGAACCUAUAUCUCACCGCUCGAUCUAGGCCACCUUUUGAUUUCCCGAUUUCACUGGGCGCUGGGGGAAACCUCCUCAUCACGAGAUGAGAUGGUACGCCGUAUCGUGCGCGUCCGGACUUUCACAGCGCUGAGACAUUGGGUGACCACGUUCUUCGAGAUCGACUUCGUGCCUAACCGAGAAUUGCGGCUGCUCUUUGCAAAUUGGUUGAAUUCGCUUAGUCGGGAUCCGAUCAUACAGACCCUGAAGGACGCCCUUAAAAUUGUUCGGCAGCUUCGCAAGGUGUUCCAGGACCGGAAAGAUAUGCAUCUCCGCAGGCUGUCGAUGCAUCCGGGCGGGCAGCCAAACGGCUCCGCCUCUCGUGUACCUGUAUUGGACCAGGCAGCUUCUGCAGGGGCGGGCUAUCCCUCCGGAGCACGGGAAAGCAUCGACUACGAGAUUGACUUAGAUCUGGACUCGGGACUCAACGGGAAGUCUACCUUCGGGGGCAAUCUUCCAUCUGAUCGUCACACUGCAGGUCCUGUGGAACUCGCUCCGCUUCGCCAGCCUCUGCAUCUGACAUUCAUGCCGUAUGGGAAGAAGAAUACCACUACCCUAGCGACACCAAUCCCUAGUCCGCUCCUGAUGCCGAUGCCGAACAGCUCUCUGUCGCGUGUACUGGUCAACACAAUCGGACGCCUUGGACGAUGGAAACGCGUUCUCAACUCAAGAGCUACGGGGCGCUCGAUUUCGAGUGCAUGUGGUGACGUCUCGGCUUUCGAUGUAGAGGCAAAUGAGACCGGCGACUUACUCCUGGUGCGCGGCGGGGUUGAGCAGUAUCUUAAACUGGUGGAGACACAGAUGUCUCAGGUCACUCUAGUUGGGAGCAGCCGCUCUACUGGUGAUCCACCGUCGAUUGCUUUGACCCAGGAUACAAGCACGGCUAUGGACGGUCGAGCGCCCGAGCGAUCGUCGCCGCCUCCGCCAUACGACGUGAAUAAUGCGCAGACCGAGCCUUCAUCACAGGACGAUGCUCUAUCCGAUACGUCGUCCAUUCGACCUGUCUCUAGCCUGACUGCAUUUUCGGAACACGAGGAUGUAUCCGAUCCACAGAGCGUCCAACGUGCUCACCAUUUGACAAAUGAUCAGCUUGAGAUCGUGUCUAUUGACGACCUUGAUCUGUCAGACCUAUCAUCCGAUGAGGGCAUAUCCUUGUCCCCGCCACCCGGUCUCAAGAAGCUUCCUCGGCGAUUACCCACGCGCCGUGACUUCGAGUUCGUUCGGCGCUCUGCUACGGAUACUGUGUCAUCUAUGGGUAUACAAAGCCACUAUUCCACUAUGUCUGCGGAGUCGGGUUCAUCGGCAGGGGUGGAGCUGGGCAGUGCCAUUCAUUCAUGGCAAAUGCAUGCACUCGUCGACUCUCUUAGCGACGAAGAAGAGGACGGCGAUGUUGAAGCCGCCUUGCGUCGGUUGGAGGGGCAGAUCAACGAGGAAAAGCAGCGAGCCAAGCAAUCCAAGGUCGAUAGAUGGGUGCAAUCAAUCCAGAAGCGACACGCUGCUAGUCGCGUCAGUGCUGAUCCUGAUAAUGUUGGCUCUGAUGAUGAGGACUACGGCGAUGGCGGAUGGCAAAGUCGGGGAAUCAGUAGGUCAAACAGCCGUAGUCCGUCCAGGGCAUCUAUCUCGUCGGACGGCCGUAGAUCCACCAACUCUAUGAUUCCUAUCACCGCUGCUACGUCCACGACCCCUCCCAGUGAGCCUCCCUCGACAGACGAGAGCAACAUGCCGUCGGAUCCUCUUUCAAAUGCUCCUGCACACACAAAACCGCUCGCCGAAGACGCCGUCCCACUCGAGAUCCUCCAGAGCCGAGUGGAAUCGGUCGCUGCUACUAGUAACAGCGGGUCGGGCACGCCGUUGGGACAUGUCACCUCCACCCCAGCACUUACCAAGUCUGUUCAUCCCGGGAAUAUGAAGUGGCACAGAUCUUUCGUCCUAGACUACCGCGUGGAAAUGCUUUUGCAACACUUCUCUAUGAUUGACAGGGAGCUGUAUGUCAACAUCCACUUUGCGGAGCUGGUAACACCGCAUAUGGUGGGUACACCCCAGGACACGAACGUCCUCGACUGGUCACAGUUCUUGCGGGAGAGGGCACGGCUGAAGGCCGAGGGAAGGGCGGGACGUCAGAUCGGGACCCUUGCUGUCGUCCGCGGGCGAUUCAACCUCGUCACGAACUUCGUCAUUUCCGAGAUCGUGCUUACACACCCGAGUCAGCGGAUGCGGUUGUUCACCAAGUUCGUGCGGCUAUCCUGGAAAGCGUACGAAUUGAAGAACUUCAACAUGCUGGUGGCGCUGGUGGCUGGCCUCAGAAGCUCGUGGGUCGUGCGGGCGAUGCAGCAAUGUGCCGACCGGCUGCGGAUCUACGACAAGCGCAUCUUGGACGAUCUAAAUGCGUGGACCACCCAAACCGGGCACUUCGUGUACAUACGACAGGCCCUCGAUGCCAUGACGGAGCCCAAGCCGACCGAGGUGGACUCGCAGGACGUGUCGGCUGUCAGUACCGAUGGUCAGUCAACUCGGAGUCGAGCAACCUCGGAUAGCAAGCCAUCAUCGGCUCCUGCUUGUGUGCCUUUCUUUGGUGUCUACUUAUCUCAGCUUCAACCUUACACCGACCUGCCGGAUCUCAUCGAUCCCACGGAACCACACGAGCCAGUAGGGAUCGAUCCAGUAUCCAAUACCUUCGAGCCCCUUGCACAUCCUGAGGUGUUUUCAACACUCGCCUCGUUGCCCCCAUCCUUGCAACUGGAGCCGCUGAUUAACGUCCACAAGCAGCGGCUUGUCGCAAGUGUCCUAAAGUCGUUCGUUGACUCGCAACACCUUGCGGCACGCGUGCAGUACCCAGUAGACAAGAAGCUCUUCCAGCGGUGUUUGAAGCUUCGCGGUCUGGAUCCUGAUACUUUAGAGCGUGCCCUAGCCCUGUUUUCCGAG